CAGGGAGGGGAUUCUGCCCCUCUGCUCUGCUCUGCUGAGACCCCACCUGCAGGGCUGCAUCAGCUCUGGGGUCACAGCGCAGGAAGGACAAGGAGAUGGAGCAAGUCCAGAGGGGGCCAUGAAGGUAAUCAGGAAACUAGCACCUCACCUAAGAGGACAGGCUGAGAGACUUGGGGUUACUCUGCCUGGGGAAGAGAAGGCUCCAGAGGGACAUUACUUGGCUUUUUUUGGCACUUGGUGCAAGCUGAUAAGGAAGAUGGGGACAGACUUUUUAGUAGGCCCUGUUGUGAUGGGACAUGGGGUAAUGGUUAAAAUGUAAAGUGUAGAUGUAAAUGGAAGUUCUUUACAAUGGGGCUGGUGAAAUGUUGGAACAGGUUGCCUAGAAUUGGUAAUUGUUCCAUGCCUGUAAGCAUUCAAUGUCAGGUUAGAUGAGGCUCUGAACAAUGUGAUCUAGUUGAAGGAGUGCUCUGCUUAUUGCAAGGUGUUCAACUAGAUGAUCUUUAAAGGUCUCUUCCAACUUCCAACCCAAUUUAUUCUAUGUAUCUGCAUCUUAUGGCAAUUUGAUGAAUUACAACAUUUGCUAUUCAUGUUUUCUUCCAAGUGAAUUUGCCAAAGUAGAUGUGGAAACAAAUGUGAGAUAUUCUCUACACAAAUCAAAAUGGAAUGAAAAUACGAAAACUCAAAUGCCAUUUAAGAUCUUGGUGUCUAAGAAGACUAGUAAAAUGAAAUUUGGAAGACAUUUGGAAUGAUUAACCAGUUGUAUUUUAAACUCCACUGGAUUUCCUACCUCUGCAUUGAAAUCUAGUAUUUGUUCAGGUGACAAACUUGCCAGACAUAUCUGUUCUUUGUGAAUGUUAGUUUUUGUUCUGAAAAAUAAUAGCUUCUUUUUUCCCAUUUAAUAAGAUUUUUUUACAUUAUGGAAGUUCUUCAAUACUGACAUAACUAAGUUACAGAGGAGCUAGGAAAAGAUACUAUUAUUACCAGUGUAGAGCCAGCUGUUCAUUUUCUGAUAUUAUUUAAUUACAAGAUUAAAGCUUUACUUUAUACAAUACAAUGAAGCUUUUUUAUUUUCUUUUUGAAGUAGGCUGCCGCUUGAAUAAAAUAGGAAAAAAAGUUCCAGGUAAGAGUUUGUAGUGGUCUCUUGUGCUGGUGAAUAUUUGAAAUGCUUUACAGCAGUGCCAAACAUACAUACUUUGGUUCUACAAGUUAAAAAGUAAUUUAUUUAUAUGAAAAUGUAGUUAUUUUUCCAGCAGUGCAUUAUCUUAUGCCCCAGAAUCUAGUAUUUUUAAGUAUUAGAUGGAAUGUAAUAAACUGGAAUACUUAAAAUAGUUAAAAUGCACUGUAUUGCAGGGGAAGUAGUGCUGGCUGUCCUGUUUUGGGAAAGAAUAUUAAUCUGCUUAUAUGGGAAAGAGAGCAUUUAUUGCACAUGGCAUCAUCCUUGACUUGUAGGUCAUUUGGAAAUAGCCAGGUUGAGUUGUCUUUGAAAUAUAGUUAAUAAAUUACCUUGCUGCAGAGCAGUUACAGACAAAAAGCGUCUUUUAUUAUUCUUUUAAUGUACUUUUCAUAUGGAACAUUCUUGCAGCUCUUUGUUGUGAAGAAGGAAUACAUCCUUAUCCCUGAGUAUUCUUGUGGCUAAGGAGCAUAGUGUGUAACCAGAAAAGAGCCUUUUUUAAACAAAUGCAACCAGAAUUAGACUGGAAUUCAAAAAGAAUAGUGAAUUAAAACUUCCCUGUCCUGUGUUGAGGCAUCUGAAUUACAUGGGAGAAAUAGAGAGAUGAGGUGGUUGGUCAUUUUGCUGCUUUUAUCAAGGCUUCAACUGAACAUUCCCUGACAAAGAUGGUGGUAUCUUCCCUGGACUAAUUCUGCCAAGAAGUGAAACUUUUAUAGCUAUAUCAUGUAUACAUUCUAAUUUCUUGAGGGUACAACAGAUAGGCUUGAAGACCAUGCUGCUAGAAUUUACUAAGUUGUAUUGUUCUAGUUGUUCAAGGCUGAGUAACUAAUGACAUGAAAACUUUUAGUAUUUUGGAAAAUACUUAAAUUCUUGUCGUCUAACAUUAUGAUUAAGCUAUAGAGUGUUUAAAAUAUAAGAAAGUGAAGCAAACUUGUAAAAAAUGAAAAUCAGAGAUAACUGGUCCAUUAUUUGAUGAGGCCAGUUACCUCACAAAUAGGGAUGUAGACAGAGCAGAGGCAUUUAAUGCCUUCUUCACUUCUGUCUCCAACACAGGUCAUAGGCUGUGGAUCCACAGAGGUGUCUCCAAGAAGGCCAUGACUAGAGGGACAAUGAACUCCCCAGCUGACUCUGAACUUGUCUGAGGCUUCUUCAGCUGGAUGUGUAUAAAUUUAUGGGCCUUGAUGAGAUUCAUCUCAGAGUACUGAAAGAAGUGGCUGAUGUUAUUGCAGGAUCUCUCCCAUACUACUCAACUACCUUGGGAGUCUGGAAAGGUCCCAAUCUACUUCAAGUGGCAAAUACUGUCUCAGUUUGCAAGAAAGCAGGGCUGUGCUUCCUGUGCUGGUGCUCUCAAGGUUGGGCUCAGGAUACUGCUGCUGGAAACUGCAGAGCUUUGCCUGUUGAAGUGAGAUGCCUUGGAGUCAGCUGGAGGAUACCUCCUUUCUGCAUAGGAAAUAAGAAACCCCUCUGUCUGAAUCUUGCUGCUGAAUAGGCUGGCUGGAUUAUUGUUCGCCUUGAUAUCUUCUAUUUACAGUAUGAAAGAUGCUGUGACAAUGGAGUUAAGCUGCUCUGAAGUACCUCUUUAUCUUCCAGGGCAGUCAGUUGCUUGACAUUUCAAGAGCAGAGAUCAGCGAGGAUGCCUGCAUACAGUUUGUUCAUUCAUCUGGAGCUCUGGCGCUGACAUUGAGUCACACUGCACAGCACUUGCUGGAGUCAGACAUUAAGCUCUUCAGAAAAUACUUCUGGGACAGACCUGUUCUUUACCAGGUCCUGUGAGCUUGGCUUCUGAUGAGUUGUCCCAGGAUGAUACGAAGAGCACAGACACUCUACCCUUGAUGUUCUUAGGAAAUUGAAGUCUGCCCAUACUUUCUUUGCUGCAACCAGACUUUCUCCCAUGCUAAGUGGAAGUGAUGAAGUAUAUGCAAACUGCAUGGUAGUAGACCAAGCUGGAGACCUAAAGACUAACUACAUUCAUGGAGAUGGUGUCAGCAGUGAAAUGUGUCUGAACCCUACCAACUCAGUCCCAAUGGAUAAGAGCUCUUUGUCUCCCUCCCUUGAGGAGAAUGAUCAACUUAUGUAUCUCCCAAAUGAAGAAAGUCAAAGGCCAGUAAAAAAAGAAGAAAACACAGGAUUAAGACAUGCCAUUUCACCUUCUCAUCUGUAUGUAGCAGAUUCAUAUCUUCCAUUCAAGACCCAUAGAUUUAUUAAGGAUCGGGGCCAACUUUAUGCUGACAUGAAAAGAAGAAGUUCAAGUCUCGAUGACCUUGAAGUAGACAACGAAAGUGGAGAUGUGUCAGACAGAUCCCAUGUUCACUACCAUCCCCUCAGCUCUUCAGUGGCCAUGGCUUCUAGCAGAGAUGGAUUGGACUUACCGACCAGUCUGCAGCCCAAGGAAUACACGGUGUUUGGGAUUCGGUCACGCUCCUAUUCCUACUCCUCAUCCAAAGGUUUGGUAGGAAGACCUCGCAUUCCUCGCGAUUUUGCAGUUGGGGACUCAAAUGGAGAGCGAGUGUACAGCCUGCCCGAGCAGUCCCGGGAGCAAAGGAUUCAGGAAGAGGGAUGGAAUAAAUAUGUUGUACCCUCAAAAAAUGAGUCUGAAAAAUAUAAAGUGAGUCGGACUUUCAGCUUUCUGAUGAACAGGAUGACCAGCACACGGAAUAAAGGCAAGACAAAAAAUAAAGACACCAAAGACAAGGAGAAAACAACCAGGCACAAUUUUACAAAUGGGACUUUCCCAGGAGUUAUCCCAUGUAUGGUCUGUGAAAAGGCCCUCCUAGGAAAGGAGUCACUGCAGUGUUCUUAUUGCAGCGUGAUUGUGCAUAAAAGCUGCAAGGAGUGCGCUCCUGUGUGCACCAAGAAAUCCCAGGAGAAAUACCAUAAUAAAAACAAGCUCCAAGUUGGUGUAACAAGUAAGUUAGAUUCCCUGCCUGGAGACAUUUCACAGAUGGUGCUGUCCUCAGUGCAUCCUUCUUUCUCUGUGCCUAUUGGACUGUCUCCUGGAAAGAGGGAAGCCUCACAACAGCCCUACCUUUUGUCCAGAAGUGUCCCCAGUGCCAGUUUGGAAAGAAGAGCUACACAAUUUUCUGGGCAAGACUCUGAGACCAGCACCUGGAAGUCCAAGUCACAGUCUGAAGAGAUGUUACAAGCAUUAGGGACCUUUUCUUCAAUAGAUGCUUUUAUGAUGGAAGAUGAUGUGGAUUUGUCUCAGUGGACUGAUCUCUGCACAGAUGCAGAAGAGUUUGAGGCAGACUCCUGGAGUCUUGUUGUGGAUCCAGUGUUCUGUAGCAAGCAAGAAAAGGAUGUCGUCAAGCGGCAGGAUGUCAUAUUUGAGCUGAUGCAAACAGAAGUACAUCACAUCCAUACCCUGUUCAUUAUGUCUGAAAUAUUCAGGAAAGGGAUGAAGGAAGAACUGCAGCUUGACCACAGCAUGGUGGACAGAAUAUUCCCCUGCUUAGAUGAGCUACUGGAGGUGCACAGGCAAUUCUUCUGCAGAAUGAAGGACAGGCGGCAGGAAUCAUGUACGGCAGGGAGCGAGCGUAAUUUUGUCAUCAGCAGAAUUGGAGACAUCCUUGUGCAGCAGUUUUCAGAGGAAAAUGCAACUAAAAUGGAGAAAAUAUAUGGAGAGUUUUGUAGCCAUCAGAAAGAAGCUGUUAAUCUCUUCAAAGACCUGCAACAAAACAAGAAGUUCCAGAAUUUUAUUAAACUGAGAAAUAGCAACCUGAUGGCACGACGCCGAGGAAUCCCUGAAUGCAUUUUGCUCGUCACCCAGCGAAUCACCAAAUACCCUGUUCUGGUUGAAAGGAUAUUGCAAUACACAAAAGAAGGAACAGAAGAACAUAAAGACUUGUGCAAAGCCCUUCGUCUAAUUAAGGCUAUAAUAGCUACAGUAGAUUUGAAAGUGAAUGAGUAUGAAAAAAAGCAAAAGCUGUUGGAAAUUCUCUGUAGAACUGAAAACAAAACAUAUACAAAGUUGAAAAAUGGCCAUGUUUUUAGGAAGCAAGACUUGAUGAGGAAAGAGAGGAUACUUCUUCAUGAAGGUUUAGUGUAUUGGAAGACAGCGACUGGUCGGUUCAAAGACACUUUAGCUCUGCUUCUAACUGAUGUACUACUGUUCUUACAAGAAAAGGAUCAAAAAUACAUCUUUGCAGCUGUUGACCGGAAGCCUUCAGUUAUCUCCCUUCAGAAGCUCAUAGUAAGAGAAGUAGCCAAUGAAGAAAGGGGGAUGUUUCUGAUCAGUGCUUCAUCUGUGGGGCCUGAGAUGUAUGAGGUUCAUACCAGCUCCAAAGAAGAACGUAACAACUGGAUGAGGCAUAUUCAAGAGGCAGUGGAAAGUUGUCCAGAGGAAGAAGAAGAAGAAGAAGUAAAAAUGAGUGAAUCUGAUGAGGACAGACGUAUUGCUGAGGCCAAGGCAUACAGAAUUCAGAAAUAUCAAGAAUCACUGAGUAACCAGGACCAGCAAAUCUGCAGUUAUUUAGAAGAAAAGUUGCAUAUCUGUGCAGAACUGUGUGGGUUUGAUGAUGUCCAUGUAGAACCUCACCUACUUAUCAAACCUGAUUCCGGAGAAGCUCCACAGGCUGCUUCACUGCUGGCAGCAGCACUCGGAGAAGUUGAAAGUCUCCACAUUGCUGUAACAUCACAAGUGAGUGAAACAGACAGAUCACCAGAGGAAAGUACUGGGGAAUUAAGUGUGAAGCAUAGAUUCACUACCAAUGAAAUACUGGAAUCUGUUCUGGGUGAUGCAGAAAGAAAAGAAAUUGAAGAAUCACCAGAAAUUGAUCUCAGUAUUGGAAAGGAAAUGGCAGGUGCCGAUCUUGAGGAUAAGGGAGCAAGUAGGAAUUUUUCAGAAUCUACAGGGACAGAGAUUGUACAAGCAAUCCAGAACUUAACCCGUCUCUUAUACAGCAUACAGGCAGCACUGGCUAUCCAGGACAGCCACAAAGAGCUUCAUAGGUUACUACUGCAAGAGAAUGAGAAGACCAGUCGGAGCCAUGGUUCUCGGCUGAACCUUGUUUUGGAACAAGAGAAAUAUCAGAAUCUAGAAAAGCAAAGGGUGGAACUGGCCAACAUACACAAAAUGAAGCAGCAGUUUCAGCAAGAGCAGCAGCGGUGGCUGCGUGAAUGUGACCAGCGGCAGCGGGAGCAGGAGGCAAGGGCGGGCCGGCUGGAGCAGCGGGAACGAGAGUGCCAGUGCGAGGAAGAGCUGCUGGAGCAGAGCCAACAGAGACUGGCGCUGCAGCUGCAGGAGUACCAGCAGAGUCUGGAGAGGCUCCGGGAGGGGCAGAAAAUGGUGGAGAGAGAAAGAAACCAUGUGAAAAUGCAGAAGAAACUCGUGUGGCACUGGAAGCAUGGUCAGCAAAGCAACCUGUUUUCACACACAGGGGACUAUGAGAUAAUGGGACAUAAUCAAUUGGACAGCUUACAUGGUGAAAAUGCAUUCUACUUCAAUGAAGCUGUAGUGUGUGUGUCUCUAAGAAGACUCAACAGAUCAAAUUCUUCUCUCGUUUAUGAGGAUGGUGUAUAUGGGAUGAAUAUCUCAAAUUCUGAUGUGGCAGGGACUAGUGAAACUCAGGUGGACUUCAAAAUGGACACUUCUUGUCAGCCAGCAUUAACUAGUGCACUGUGGAAAUCCACUAGUCCUUACCAGCAGAUGUCUUUUUCCUGCAAAAGCAACAAGGAUUCCUUUAAUAAUGAUCUGAAUACAUCACAGACCCAAGGUUCCCAGACAAGUGUUCCAAACUCGGGAUCCAUCCAGUCAUCACAGGUAGAUGAACUGCUGCUGAACCACAAGCCUGAGAGCCUGCAGGAUGCAGAGAGUGGAGCCAGAGUAGAGGAAAAGAUUGUUUACCUCUGAUAACUUGUUUUCUAAUCUCAGUAGCACUUUGGAAAGAUAACUGUGUUUGCUUUUCUAAAUUUCUGUAGUUGUUCUCUGUAUGACCAUCUGACUUUAAGUAUUUAAUAGUAAAUGCAAAAUUUCCCCUGUGAUAAAUAUAACAAGUAAGUUAUUUUGAAGCCAUUGUUGUAUAAUCUCUAAUUUAUGACAUGAUUUCAAAUGCUUUGCAAGAAGCAAUGAGUAGCAGGAGAGACAUAACAUUUUGAAAUUGUAAAGGUGGCACUAAGGACUGUGAAAGCUAGUGUUGAUUUUCGCGAAUCCUCUUCUUACAAGAAUGAACUGAGAUGGGUCUGCUACUUGAGAUUUCAGAGUGUGUAUCAGUAACAGCUGUGAUAUAACAUGAGAAGACAGCAAUGUAACAAUGAUGGCUCGAGUCUUUGCUGAAAUGUGCUAUAUACCCUUAGCUGUUGGGUCAUUUUCCUUAUUGUCUAGCUCAGGAACUGCUCAGAAGGGGAUGUUUUUUAUGGUCUGAGCAUAAUUGCAUAAUUAAGUGUUUUUUCAUGUCUCAAAGCUUAUUACCAUUUUGAUACUACUGCCAAUUUCUGUGCAGAGAUGCACUAAAUCAGUUAUUGCAUUAUAACUGUUCCUCAUUUCAGUAAGUGUCCUUACACAUUAAAAUUUACUAGAUAAAACCAUCUCACUGGUCAAAAGAAAAGAAAGGGGAUAAAUAGUAGGCUUCAGUUAACUGAACUCUUCUGAAACUCCACUGCUUUCCUGUGUAGAAAUGGGAUAGCUUUCUGCUUUCAGAUUUCUGGGAUUCUGUGUCUUAGGCAGUAAGAAACAUGUUUUGUUCCUCUAGUGCCUUUUUUUCUUUCUGAAAAAUUUGUACACUUCUGUCAAACUAAAUAAAUGUUCUGUGCAUUUCUACAAAACUGUAAUUUUGAUUCAUUAUGAGAUCCUCCAGAGAAAUAAAAAAAAAAGGAAGAAAAAAAAAAAAGGUGUCCAG